CUUCCCCCAGCAGGCCUGGAAGCAGAGGAGUGGCAGGAUCAGAGGGGCUCCAAGAAGAAGGAUGCAGAACAGGACUGGGCUGAUCCUGUGCGCCCUCUCCCUCCUCACCGGCUUCCUGAUGAUUUGCCUGGGUGGCUUUUUCAUCUCCAACUCCAUCUUCCACUCCCAGAGGAAUCUGGUUGUGGCCUACGUGCUUCUGCCCAUGGGGUUUGUGAUCCUUCUGAGUGGAAUUUUCUGGGGCACCUACCGCCAAGCAAAUGAAAACAAAGAGAUGUUCAACCACGUGCUCAGACAGCACCUCGCUUUCCAGGACCUGCCCCUGGCCACUGUAGACAGGCCUGACUUUUACCCUCCAGCUUAUGAAGAGAGCCUGGAUGUUGAGAAACAGGCCUGCCCUGCAGGCAGAGAGCUCCUAGGAUUCCCUCCUCCUCUGUAUACAGAGACAAACCUUGAAUUUGAACACCUUGAAGACCCACAACCAGAGGCCCCGCCACCCUACCAGGAGAUCAUAGCAGAUGCAGGGGCUCCAGCGAAGGCACAGGAUGCUGAGGAGCCAAGCAGGGUGCUAAAGGCGGGGACUGCUCUCCAGCUCACAGAACUCACCGGCCGCUGAGAUGAGAAGCAAGGCAGGGACUAGGAUGCUGCUCUGCCUCCCUGCACUGGAGCAAGGGCCACCACGGGUACCAGGGUUUAGCCUUUUGAGAGCAGCAUGGGGUCCAAGAAGUGGGUAGCCACCAGGAGGAAGUGGAUGCAGAAAAUUCCCACAAAGCCCAACCUAGAUGAACCUCAGAGAAGGUGUUUUCCAUCUCCUUCCUAACUUCAACACCUCAGCCCAAGCCUGGAGGUGCACUUGCUGUGGGAGAGACAGCCAUAGCCCCUCACACGCUGUGUCCAAAGAACCAAAGGAAAGGACGCGUGGGAGGCAGCCCUGUGUCACCCACUGGCUCCCUGAGUGACACCAUCGCCCACAUCUAGGAGUGUUAUUUUUGUAUCAUUGUAUUUUAAUUAUGUGUGUGUGGUUUUUUUCUAUAUAAAAGAAAGAGACUGGUACAUUUGCUUUUAAAUGGUUCAAACACAACAUGUUGAGUUAUUUCUUAAAGAGGUCUUUAUACAAGCAUGCAGGAGUUCUUAUAGAUUCAAGUUGACUAGAUAGAAUACUUAAUUCGUGAUACAAGGAAUCAAGGGUGAUGUUAAUAUACAACUUGCUGCAAAUCCUGUGAAGUUUAGAAAAUGUUUACAUGUAGUUUUCAAAGAUGCACCCCCACCUCUGCCCCUGCCAAAUUCAGAAUGUGAUUAAUACCUGUAAGGCCAUAUCUCUAAUACCAGGAUGGGUUUUGUGUGUGUGUGUGUGUGUGUGUGUGUGUGUGUGUGUGUGUGUGUGUGUGUGUGUGUGUGUGUGUGUAGAUAGAGAGCUACACUUCUAGACUUAACACAGCCUUCCCUCCUUGGUUUCAUUUUCUUUGUGGGAGUUUUUAAAAUCAGAGAACAUGUUGGUGGAAGGAUGCCAGCAGGACACUCAGGAUCUAACACUUAUGGCAUGCCUUUCAAACAGUAGGUCCAACUAACCCCCGCCCCCGUGCAUGUUAUUUAAUCCCCACUCCAUCUUUACAAGGUGAGGGCUAUGCCCAUGCCUGCUUUCCCAAUGUAUCAACUGAGGCUUCAAGACUUCCAAUAAAACAGUGGCCUGAAGAAAGGUAACGACCCAAAGGAUGCAAUGGAAGAUACUUUGCCCUUUUGCAUUAGGCUUGCUGUGUCUUUCUUUAGUCCUUUUAGGAUGCAGCUUAGAUUGCUGUCUCCAUUUCAGAAGAGAUCCCUAACAGAAAGAGAUGUUCUGGGUCACUGCAAUAUCUUCCAGCCUUGAAGGAGAAAGCUGGGUGGCUUUAGGUUUAUUGGGCUUUUCAGUUAAAAUAUGUCAGCCUUGCCUGUGAGUUGGGCCCUACAUCCUACUGAGGAUAGCCACAGUGACAGGCACAGCUGAGUCUUUAAAAACUCACAGGGAGGGAUGAAGCUGUCAAGAAAGAGGUCAACAAAGUGGGACUGGAUGGCCACAGUUUCUGAUUCCUGGUCACUACUGAGUUCACAGGUCGUGAACAUCCUAAUCAAUAUACGAUGCCAAACGAACACAACCCUAGUCCAUGACCUUUGUGUAUCUCUGCUUUGAAUCCAUGACAAUGAGGGAAUGGCAGGAUAGGAAGGCCACUGGUGGUUGUUUAGCCGGAAAGGGAUUGUUUAUUAGCAGUGAAAUUCAUUACUCCUUUCUUGUCAUUUCUUUUCAUCCCUCUGCAGGGCAGUUUCCCCUCUGGGUCCGAUGGACCCGCAUUAUUGGACUUCUAACCAGAUUCACACACAGAAUAGAUGGUUUUUGUACAACUGGAGUUGUACAUUGGCUAAAGCAAAUGUUCAACUCGGUUUGCAUAAAUUGUGUUAGUCUCUUUAAGGCCAUAAAUUUUGUUUUCAGAGUC